AUGGCGAAACAUAAUAAAAAAUCAGCAGAUUAUCUGCUGUUUAUAACCAUCCACUUAACAUUUUUAAUAACAUUAAUUAAAGGACAAUGUCCAUGGCAACGUGAAGUGCCCGAGUUACAAUCAUCAUGUCUAUGUGCAUACAAUUUAGGUAAAGAAUUAUCUGUACAAUGUGAUAUGGUGGAUUUUCCAAAAUUAAUACAAUCGUUAGAUUUAUAUGCACAAAAUACACCAAUUGACUUAUUAUACAUCAAUAAUUCAACAAUAACAGAAUUAAAUGAUUUUAUAUUUAUUAAUUUAAAAGUACAUAAUAUACAAUUAUCAGGAUGUAAAAUUAAAACAAUUGCAACGAAUGCAUUUCAAGGUCAAGAGGAAACGUUGAAAAAUUUAAAUCUACAAGAAAAUAUUAUACCAGCAAUACCCGUCGAUAGUUUAAAAAUAUUAAAAAAUUUAGCUUUAUUGGAUUUAUCAAAAAAUCGAAUUACUGAAGUACCAGCAAAUGCAUUUAUCACACUCAAAAAAUUAACAACAUUAAAAUUAUCUGACAAUAAUUGUACAAUAUCACCGGAAGCAUUAAAUGGUGUGAAAGAUACUUUAAAAAAUUUAAAUUUAAAAGGUACCCGACAAAAAAAUGUACCAGAAGCAAUACGUGGUCUUAAAAAAUUAGCAUUUUUAGAUUUAUCACAAAAUAGUUUACAAGAACUACCUGGUGAUAAUGGUUAUAGCAGUUUUGAGGGUUUAGAUUCAUUAACUGCGUUAAACUUGGAACGAAAUGUAAUUCAAACCCUUGGACCUACAGCUUUUGAGGGUGUUAAAAAUACACUAAGCUCUUUGAGUUUAUUAAAUAAUCUAUUGGCUGAUUUUCCAACUGAUGGUAUGAGUGAACUUAAAGAAUUGCGUGUUUUAGAUAUCGGUUUUAACUUAUUAACACAGUUACCAGAAAAUGCAUUUCAAGGAAAUCCAUCAAUUACACUCUUAGCUUUGGAUGGUAAUCCAUUAUCAACGGUCCCAUUUAACGCACUAUCACAUUUAAAUAGUACAUUGCGAGGCUUAAGCUUGGGUGGGCGAUUUUUGCAUUGUGAUUGUCGUUUACGUUGGGUUACCGAAUGGAUAAGAAAUGGUGAUUUGCAGGUAACAAGCCGUGAACGUAAUCCACAAUUUUGUGGUAGUCCACCACGAUUUCGUGAACGUGGAUUUUAUAAUAUACAACCAGAGGAAUUAAUAUGCCCCGGACAACCAACAGUUCCACCACCUGUAUCGGAAAACACGAAUGAUUUAAUUGGUGUUGCGACAGCUGUAAAUCCUGAAGAUGUGAUUGGUACAAAUACCGGAGUUGUUGACUCGUUAAUUCCACCUGGUAGUCGUACAACAAUUCGUCCAAAUAAUACAAAUAUCACAUCUACAACAAGUACUACCACUACUAGAAAACCGAAAACUACGACAACUACGACUACCUCAACAACAACGGUUGCACCUGUUUCUAGUACCACAACAAUGGUUUCAACAACUGUUAAAAAUGUUACCCAAAAAACAGAGGUUACAACGUAUUCUAGAAGUACAACUUUACCACCAUGGAGAUUAAAUUCCAAGCCACAACAACAACAUCAAAGACCGCCAUUAGUUUUAGGUUUUCCACCCAGAACUAAACACGACGAUACAGAAGUUAUAGUAAAGAAUGCAUUUAGACAAGAUAAUUCUGUUAUUAUUCAAUGGGGAUCGGAUACUGCGAACAUAUUAGGAUUUCGUGUUGUAUAUCGUUUAUUUGGAGAUAAAAGUUUUAAACAAGGUCCACCAUUGGAAGCAAGUGAACGAGAAUUUAAAAUUAAAAAUGUUCCAUCACAGGAGUGUAUUGUUGUAUGUGUUAUUUCAUUAGAAGAAAUAAAUGUAACGCCAGAAACAGUUCCGUAUACACAAUGUCGUGAAGUUCGAACAGUUGGUACAUCGACAUCAAAUAUGGAUAAAAUAACAAUCGCAGCAAGUGCCGCAAUUUGUGGUACAAUUAUAAUAGCAGUAAUUGUAUUUAUAGCUGCGUCUCGUCGGAGAUCCAGGAAAAUGCACGAUCUUCAACAACAGCAGAUGGGAGUAAAAACUGGAUUACCUAUUGGUGGUUUACCCGUAAAUUGUUGUUCGGCGAAUAGUCCUGGUGGUCCUUUGUCUUCAUUAGCUACGCUUAAUGCCUAUAAUACUCAUAAGGAAUGGGAUCAAAUUUCUGCGUAUAGUGCAAGGAGUAUUCAACGUCCACGAAUAUACGCAAUCGAUCAACCACCAUCAAUAAAUGCAACAAUGAUACCAGAUGAUAUGCGAUCACAUGGUGGCUCACAUUUUAGUCAAAAAGGAAAUGGUACGAAGUCACGUUCAUUAGCCGAUGGCCAAUCCCAGCAUAGCUUUUCAAAUCAUUCGGGGCGAUAUUUAGCACCUACUUCAUUCCCUAGUAAUUUAGUAUCAACUCGUCAAGAGCUACGUCAAUCUCGUCAAUCGUUGGCUGGUGCUUCAGAUCGUAUGUCACGCUCAUCAUACCCACCUAGCCACUUGACAGCGGCUACAGCAACAGUUGGAUCAAACGCAGGAGGUGGCGGUGGACGACGAACAAGACCACGAUCACGAACACGCGAACAUCGUCCAGGAAGCCGUUAUAGUACAGCUGGUUCUACACACACAUUAAACAACUAUUGUGACACAUCUGACAAUUGGACUGAUCAUGACAUGGACAUUUAUAUGGCAAGAAAUCCAACGACGCGUGGAGGUUUAGUGCCGUUGUGAUCCGAAGAGAAACGUACGUCGGAUAAAAACGACACAACAUCAUCAAAUAGUAAAAGUAAAUUGAAAAAAGAUGCAAAGAAAAAUGUUGCGAAGUUAGUUGUGGAAUUAUCUGUAACUGUGGAACGUGAUGAACAAAAAGAAGAGGAUAUUUUAUAUUAGAAAAAUACGUGUGUGUUUUUUUUCGUUGAUCAAAUCGUUUAUAUUAGGGACCAACACAAAUUAAAUUAUGUUUAAUUAGCUAUAUUUCCGUGCUUUAAAAUAAAGUCAUAAGAACAUUUUGUCUGUUGAAUUAACGGGUAACGUGAGUUUUCU